CAGGAUAAAAAUGGAAGAUUCGAUGAGGAGAAAUCCGUCCUGGAGAAUGGUAAAUCCGUCCUGGAGAUCGGUAAAUCUGUCCGAGAGAAUGAUAAUAACGACCUGGAGAAUGGAAACCUUGAUCUGGGUUUAAACAAGGAGAAUAAGGAGCCAGAAGAGAAAGAAGAAGAUGGAUUAAAGAGGAGGAAGAAGGAAGAAAGAAAGAAAGCUGGAGACCUACUGUAUAGUAUAGAAGAAACACCGCCCUGGCAUACAACAAUUGUCCUCGGCCUACAGCAAUAUCUAACCAUGUUCGGGAGCACUGUAUCCAUUCCUUUCCUUAUCUGCCCAGCCAUGUGUAUCAGGUAUUAG